UACUGGGGCCUCACCCGGAGGACUUUGCACUGGCAGCCAGAGGAAGCAGCUGGGCCUUCCUGGUUCUGAAGCAGCCGGUGCCCCACCAUGGCCAAGUUCCUUUCCCAGGAUCAAAUUAAUGAGUACAAGGAGUGCUUCUCCCUCUAUGACAAGCAGCAGAGGGGAAAGAUCAAGGCCACGGACCUCCUGGUGGCCAUGAGGUGCUUGGGGGCCAGUCCGACGCCAGGGGAGGUACAGCGGCAUCUGCAGACACACAGGAUAGACAGAAAUGGAGAGCUGGACUUCUCCACUUUCCUGACCAUAAUGCACACGCAAAUAAAACAAGAGGACCCAAAGAAAGAGAUUCUUCUGGCUCUGUUGAUGGCUGACAAGGAGAAGAAAGGCUAUAUCAUGGCGUCUGAGCUACGGUCAAAGCUCAUGAACCUAGGGGAGAAGCUUACCCACAAGGAAGUGGAUGACCUUUUUAAGGAAACGGGUAUUGAACCAGAUGGCCAAGUGAAGUAUGAUGAAUUUAUCCAGAAGAUCACCCUUCCUGUUCAAGAUUACUGACUGGGCAGAGCACUGCAGCCUCCGUCAGGGGCCCGAAAACCAGGACUGAUUCAUUUUAAGAAGGUGUUUUCACUCUUGGGAGGUGGCAGCAAGAUGGCAUCGCCUCAGUAGCAAUAAACGAUCUUAGUCAUGGUUUUAGCAGCUUUUUGUUUUUUGAAUAAGGAAAAGAUUCAAAAGUGAAGCAACAUAACAGCUCUCCAUCAGGAGAGGGGCCCAGCAUGUCUUCAAUAAAGUCUGUGUCGAUUUUAGCAA